GCUACUUCAAAACUCAAUCUUUUCAAACCACCAUAGCUCUGUCAAUAUGGAUUCAAUUGAGGCAGCGCUUGAAUAUUUGGGACCCUUAAAGCCAGGGCUUUCAUUUAAUUAUGCUCUCGUUGCAGGAAAGUUCGGGGUUAACCGGCUAACUCUAUCGAGGCGCCACAAGGGCAUUCAGGGCCCUAAAAGCAAGCAGUACGAAAAACAGCAACUGCUCAAUCACCAGCAGGAGAAGGAAUUAGUGCAAUGGAUCAAUUAAUUGAGCAGGCGCGGCUUAUUUAUUUCACAUGCCAUGCUGCGAAAUUUCGCCUUCAACGUCUGCCAGAAAGACCCUGGAAUACACUGGCCUAGCCGCUUUCUGGAGAGGCAUAAAGAUGAGCUUGUGUGUUGAUACACAACUGGGAUUGAUGCUGCAAGGAAGAAGGCGGAUUCAGCAGCUUAUUAUGCACUGUACUUUGAACUCCUGGCCAGGAAGAUUCAGGAAUAUGAGAUUCGGCCUGAGGACAUGUACAACAUGGAUGAGAAAGGUUUCCUUAUUGGGGUGCUCUCAAAGGCAAAGAGGAUCUUCUCUAGAAGGGAUAAUGAGACUGAUGGGUCCCAGCAGCGUGUACAGGAUGGGAAUCGGGAGUGGAUAACUACAAUUGGCUGCAUUUGCGCUGAUGGAACCUCUCUAUCCCCAGGCCUUAUCUACCAGGCUGCCUCAGGGAAUCUUCAGGAUUCCUGGCUGCAAGACUUCAAGAACGAAACACACCACUGCUUCUUUGCAUCAUCUAAGACUGGAUGGACCAACAACGAUCUUGGAUUUGCAUGGAUUCGGGAUGUUUUUGACAGGGAGACCAAGGAGAAGGCAAGAAGGCGCUGGAGGCUUCUUAUUAUGGAUAGCCACGGCUCCCACCUCACACCACAAAUUAUGGAGUUCUGUAUGGCCAAUAGAAUCCAUAUAGCAACAUUCCCGCCUCAUUCAACCCAUCGCCUGCAGCCCCUGGAUGUUGGGAUCUUCUCACCUCUCUCCCAGGCGUACAGUGACCAACUAGAGGCAUUCAUGCACGAAUGUCAAGGCCUGAGCUCUAUUACCAAAAGAGACUUUUUCCGCCUGUUCUGGCCUGCAUGGGAGAAGGCUUUGUCUACCAAGAACAUUGAAAGUGCAUGGAAAUCGACUGGUUUAGCACCUUUCAACCCGGAGGUCAUUCUGAAGAAGUUCUCCAAGAAGGAAGAACCACGCCCUUCCUCCAGUGCCUCUAUAAGAUCAGUACUACAAGCAGAGGACUGGCGACAGAUUGAACGGCUUCUUAGGAAGGUGGUGGUGGAGAUAAAUGACCAGAAGACCAAAAGGGCCUUGAGACGGCACUAGUGAAUGAAAAGAAGAAGCGACAGCGUGGUAAGCCCCUAGACUUUGCUCUUAGGGCCCCUGAGGACGGGUACGCUGUCUUCUAUUCCCCUAGGAAGAUUCAGCAGGCACGUACUGCCAUGAAGGAGAAAGAUGAGGCUAUACAGACCGCCAAGGCCGCCAGAGAGGAAGAGAAGGUACAGAGGCAGCUUAGGAAGGAAGAAAAUGAGCGUGUGAAGGAGCUAAAGAGGCUCGAGAGACUAGAACAUCGUUAACUACGGAUGCAUAUGAAGGAGCAGAAAAGGCAGCAGAAAGAGGAGGAUCAAUUGGCUAAGGAGGCAGCUAAACAGCUUCAAAACGACAUUCAAACUACCAAAUCAACCACCAAGAAGACCCCUAAGGGAUCACCAACUAAGAAGAAGCAGGUUGUUGAGCCACCAGUAGCUCAUGAAGUUGAGGAGGUCCCCCCACCAGUCGACAGAAGAGGUAGGCAGAUCCGCCUUCCCCAGCGCUUUCGGGACUUGUAAAAUGGCGCUAUACAGGCCUUAGAUACCUUGUAAUUAGUACACCAGACAUUCGCUAAAUAAUUUCAUUUGUAUGUGGUUGAAAAACUUCAUUUUCUGAGGGGGGUGGGGGGGUGAAAAUCGAUC